CAAGCUUCUACCUCUUCAAUUUCCUUGCUCCAUGGCUCCAUAGUAAGGCUGCAACUGCUUCUUCGCCGAAUAAGCCUACGAGGAGGACGCAAUAGGUCGCUCAGCAUGUCGAAGCAAUAUCUCACCCUUCACACUAUCGACGACGCCCACCCCUCCGAUAUCUUCGCUCUCGCACCCACGCCAAGCCAAGUUCUCUCCGCCAGUGGCUCCAGUUCGAUUCGCAUCUACGACACUACAUCGCCUGACUUUCCUCUCGUCCAAACGCUGGAAGGCGUGCAUCCGCUCGGCAUACACCACCUAGUAACCGCGAAGGAAGCGAGACGCGCUGCGAGCGUAGGCUUUGAGGGCAAAGUCAAGAUAUGGACUCAGACAGAGGAAGGCGAGUGGAAGCAGCAUGGGGAGAUAAGCGACCAGGUGAAAGCGGGCGAUAUCUGGGCAGUAGCUCUUAGUGCGGAUGGAAAUUACCUCGCCAGCAGCAGCAUCAACGGGAAGGUGCAUGUCUGGAGCGUGAGCGAAGAUGGCAUGCCCAAGAUCAGGGAGUACGAGACGAAAGGCAGCUUCGGGUUGUGUGUGGGUCUGAGCCAGGACGGACGCUUCACAGCAUCCGGACAUGAAAACGGUUCGGUCUAUAUCUUCAACAACGACACUGGUCGCCUUGCACACUCCCUUGCCGGUCUCGUUCACCCCGUCCGCAGCGUAGCAUUCUCUCCAGCGUCAAAACUCCUUGCCGCGGGCGGUGAUGCGAGGAUAAUAGCACUAUACGAUGUCAAUUCGGGAGAGCAGGUCGCCAACUUCACGGGGCAUGGUGGCUGGAUACUGUCGCUGGAUUGGAGUGAUACUGGAGAGUACCUUCUCUCAGGUUCACACGACUCCAAAGCCAAAGUCUGGCGCAUCGAGACCCGAUCCUGCGUCGCCACUCACUCGCAUGGGGACAAGCCCUUGUGGACUGCGAAGUGGCUGCCGAAGAGCACCCGGAGCGAGAUGUUUGCGCUCGGUGGAGGAAACAAUGCGAUUAGCUUCUAUCGAGAGGCAGCGGGUUGAGGAGCAAAUCGUCCGAGGAAGUUUUGAAGCCGCCCCAUGUAUCAUAUAUGUGGAGUCCAUGAUAUCGCGUGGAUUUAGCGGGAAGAAUAGCGGUUGUCGCGAUGACAACGACACGAUCAGCAAAAAACAGGGGAGGUAGGAGACGUACCUGCUAUGGUCCCCCAUAUCGUGCGAUCAAGCAUCUACAAAAGAUCGAUACCGGCUGGUUGGUCAAGCAACUACCACUACGCGCCCUACCACCGCCAAGAAAACAGGAAAUAGAAUACUUACAUCGGAAUCAAUACCACCAUUUCAGAUGACCUUGCGCGAGAGAGGAGAGACGCAAGAUGCAGAGUAUGUCAGUGGAUGACCUGAAGGCUCAAAGAAAGAAGAGACAGGUCGUUGUCG